AUGCAAUUCUUUCCACAACAACAAUGUUCUAGUCUUUUACCACAAUCCCAACAAUGUUCAACCUAUUCAUGUUAUAAUAAUACUUGUUUUCCUAAUUGUUAUCAACAACAACAACAAAAACAACGACAUCCAACAUUUAAUUCAUUAUAUUCUCAACAAUUAUAUUAUCCCGGACGACAACAAACAUCACCAUAUUUAUGUUAUUCUCAACAACAAUGUUCAAUGUUGGCACAAAAUGCUUAUGGUUAUAAAGAUAUUGGCCAAAUAAUAACACAUUUUUGA